GGGAAGAGGUCUGCAGACUGCAGCAACUAGUUAUUGUUUUUUUUUUUGAAGUUGGAAAUUUUAAUCAAUUUGGAAUUUCAGUGUCGUGUCCAAACAUGCAGAAUGUUAUAAAUACUGUUAAAGGCACUGCUUUAGGUGUUGCAGAGUAUUUGAAACCGGUUCUGAAGGUGUCCAGGUUCCGGGAGACGGGCGUGCUGACGCCGGAGGAGUUUGUGGCGGCGGGGGACCACCUGGUGCACCAGUGCCCCACGUGGCAGUGGGCCACGGGCGACGAGGGCCGUGCCAAGGACUACCUGCCGCGCAACAAGCAGUUCCUCAUCACCCGCAACGUGCCGUGCUCGCGCCGCUGCAAGCAGAUGGAGUACUGCGACGACAACGAGAAGAUAAUAGACGCGGACGACGCGGACGGGGGCUGGGUGGACACGCACCACUUCGAUGUCUCGGCCGGUCUCGACGACAACAUCUCGGAGAUGACGUUGGAACCUCAGGUUGGCAUGCCUGAUGCCGCGGCCGAUGAGAGCAGGUCGGAUGAUGAAGACGAGGAUGAGGAGGCAGCGGACAUGGAGGAAUUCGAACAGAAAGGCUUACUGGAUGAAGAAGACAACACCGUCAACUCCGCAGUAGAUGAUCAUCAAAACGAAGCUGACCUCAAUCUGUCUUCGUGCGGCGAGAUCAUUCGCACACGCACAUAUGAUUUGCACAUCACUUACGACAAGUACUACCAGACGCCGAGGAUGUGGCUCAGUGGAUACGAUGAGAGUCGCAGGCCGCUGUCGGUGGAGGAGAUGUACGAGGACGUGAGCCAGGACCACGCCAAGAAGACGGUGACCAUGGAGUCGCACCCCCACAUCCCCGGGCCCCCCAUGGCGUCCGUGCACCCCUGCAAGCACGCGGAGGUGAUGAAGAAGAUCAUCCAGACGGUGACAGACGGCGGAGGGGAGCUGGGCGUGCACAUCUACCUCAUCAUCUUCCUCAAGUUUCUGCAGGCGGUCAUCCCCACCAUAGAGUACGACUACACCCAGAACUUCACCAUGUGAACUCUUCACCAUCUCUGUUUCGCUGCUUCGUUUGUGCUUAAACCGCACAAUGCAUGGUUCCGUCACGGACGUUCCAUCAGUAUCCUAGCUACUUACGGAAACGCGCCGAUGUGUUUGCGUGCAGCGGGUGGUGACCGCAUGCACAGCAUAGGCCGAGCCGGCCUCGUUGGCUCAGGUGAAGUGGUCUCUGGCAGGUGUAAUGCCCUGGACAGCAGAGGCUGACGGCUUUAGGGCACUUGGGAGACACUUCACAUGUUGUAGCAUGCAGCCUCCUGCCCUGCCCAACUUGCACCGUAUUUUUAUACCUAUUUGUUUUUUCUAGAAAUUCAAUAGUAUCAGCUGAUUAUAUUAGCUUCAAGGUCAUAGUGACCCAGUUUCUCAUACUUGAAUUUGAUCAUUAUUAAUGUUCUUGUAAUUAAUUUUUAAAUAUUUAUUUUUAUUUUAUUUAGAAAAGCCUUUUACCUGUGUUGUUCCUGGUUUACACUUUGCUCGCUAGUUUAUUAUUUGUGUAUAUACUUUUUUCAGUCUUUCAUCUACUUUCAAUAGUGUUUUUAUACCUGUAUUUUAUGUUUGUAUUUGUUUGGAAGCUAUAGAACAGUGAGUGUUGUGUUGGUAGAAGAAAGGACGAGAGACACACGUACACCAUAGCCGAUAUAUUCCGAGAUAUUCUAGUGCGUUCUGUAUGUAUUUCUUGUGAUGGAAAAAUUGGCAGAUGUUCACUCUCAGGACACUGUAAAAUUAUCACGUUGUUGCACCGGCCAAUCAGAAAAGACUUUGUGAAUUUUCAGUUUUAUUUUUUGUAGGAAAAGCCUCAUUGCAAGGGUUGAUAAAUUUGUAUACUGCCCUAUCCUCGUACAGUGUUGUGCUGUGGUUGGUCGCUGAGGUCGCUUGGUGGUUGUGGGCGGUCACGCAGCUGUGCUGUCAGGUAGCACUGUUCUGUGGCUCACAAACAAGGUUUAUGAGUAGUUAGGGGCAGAUCAUUUUACGUUUGGGUACCAGGGUCGUGCCGCUGCUAAGAGUCAACUUUUGUUUUCUUCAGCUUUCGGACUUCAUGAAUUAUAAAUUAGGCCCCAGAUGUGCGGUGCAGGCCCGGGUGGUACAUCGGGACGUAGUUUCCGUGUUUCUUCGCACCUGGACGAUGAGAUCGCUACGGACUUCCUUUCGUUAGGCACAGGACUGGAAGUAACGAUUAGCAAAAGUGAGUAAGUGUUUUCUGUCGGGCCUAUCUUCUAAAGAACAUGUAAAUUUUUCAUCAUUUGAAGAAUAAACGUCAAUAUUCGUUUCAAA